AUGAUGGCUGUGGAUCUGAAAAAUCCGAAAAAGUUAAUUGAAGAAAUUUGUGAAGACCAGAGGGUAAUGAAUCGGAGAACCUGGUACUGGGUCACUCUCACGGCGAUCUUAUGUAUUCUAUUUGUUGGUUAUUUGUACCUAACCGUAUUCUGGCUGACGCCCUCUUGGAUAAUAGAAAAACCCAUUCCAUUCUAUUAUCAGAAAUGGUUCCUCGGCGUGUAUUCUUCGAUUGCUGUAAUUUACUUGAUAAUCUAUCUAUUCGUUGGGUACCGCAUGUAUCGCGAGGAUAGUAAAAAAAUGGAAAAGUAUAAAAAAUAUGAAGUCUUGAUGCAACAAGACUAA